GUCCCAGUUGGAAGACGUGGCGUCUUUGGAGGGGUUGUUCUUAAUAUGCAUCUUCAUUGGAAGAAGCACGAGACUGUAAAGGUAAUUUGCAAGCCAUGCAAACCUGGACAGGUUCACGUAUAUGCUGAAGAGCUUGCUAGACUGAGCAAAGGAAUUGUGAUUGACAUAAAAGCUAACGAUGUUAUACUUUUCUACCGGGGAAAGAAUUAUGUGCAGCCAAAAGUAAUGUCACCUCUAGAUACAUUGUCUAAAGACAAGGCCUUGGAAAAGUACAAGUAUGAGCAGUCACUUGAGCAUACAAGUCAGUUCAUUGAGAAAUUGGAAGAAGAGCUAGAAGAAUAUCAGAAGCACCUUGCUCGGUACAAGAAAGCAAAAGAGGACACACCAAAAGAUUCUGUUAUCAAUACCUGAUUUGGUAUUUUUUUUUCUUCUUCAAACUUCUUAACCGAAGCCUUCAGUUUGUCUGUGUUUGAUUUUUCUUUCUGUGUGCACUUGCAAGUGUAAUUUCUAUUUUCAUAUUAAAUUUUAAUGGGUUGAAAAAGUUGUAAAACUUAGCACAUCUAUACUGAUGGUUCUGCGGCUUCUGCCAUUCAAGGAACAUUGGUGAUUCUCUUUUAUAUA